AUGGCAACCGAAUCGACGACGGCAGAGAAGCAGUCACAGGAGGUGGCCAGUGCACAAUCGUCGACGAGAAUGAACAUAGACAUCGAGGACUCUACCCCGAGGCCCGCUAAACUCCGCCGCGAUUUGCAAGGCCGUCAUAUGCAGAUGAUUGCCAUUGGAGGAUCGAUUGGUGCCGGUCUCUUUGUUGGCUCUGGCAGAUCCCUGGCUGUCGGAGGGCCAGCUUCAUUGACCCUAGGAUUUAUCAUUACUGGCUUCGCGGUACUGUGCACUACUCAAGCCCUGGGCGAGCUUGCAGUCAUGUACCCUGUGAACGGCGCAUUUUAUUCCUAUGUUGUUCGUUUCAUCGAUCCAGCUUGGUAUGUUAACACCAGUUGCCGCUAUGCUCUAGGGUGGCUCAUCACUCUCCCUUUUGAGAUCAUCUCUGUUGGCAUAACUAUCAAUUACUGGCACGAAUACAACAUUGGAAUAUGGGUGGCAGUUUUCCUGACAACCAUUGCCUUCGUUCAGUUUUUUGGCGUUCGAGGCUAUGGAGAGAUUGAAUUUGUUCUCGGUAUCAUUAAACUUGUCGCAGUGGCCGGCUUCAUUAUUUUCGGCAUUAUUGCCAACUGCGGAGGGGUUCCUACCGAUACGCGAGGGUAUCUAGGUUUCAGAUACUGGAGUGGUGAUGAUGGCAACCACGCCUUUCGGAAUGGAUUUCCUGGGUUUUGUUCAGUCUUUGUUCUUUCUGCAUUUGCAUUUGGAGGCACCGAGCUGGUCGGGCUUGCUGCCGCAGAGGCCCAAGACCCUCAGAAAUCCUUGCCCAAGGCUGUUAAGCAAGUAUUGUGGCGAAUCGCCGGUGUCUACGUCCUAUCUACCUUAAUUCUUGGGAUUAUUGUCCCAAAUAACUCCCCAGAGCUUUUGGGUGCCUCUGGAGCCAAUACGAAAGCGUCUCCAUUCGUCCUAGCAUUCAAAAUCGCCGGGGUUAAAGCUUUACCUUCGAUCUUUAAUGCAGUCAUCACAAUUUCCACACUAUCAGUAGCCAACAGCUGCACCUAUGGCUCGACUCGAACACUUCAGGCCCUUGCUCAAUACAGUAUGGCGCCAAAAAUUCUAGGCUAUGUCGAUAAUAGAGGCCGCCCACUAGUUGCGAUAAUAAUCCAGUUACUUGUCGGCCUGCUGGCUUUUAUCAGCUACUCCGCACAGGCUGGCACCGUAUUUACCUGGCUCUUCUCUAUCUCUGGGCUUGGAAUCCUCCUUCUCUGGGCGUCGAUCUGUCUCUGCCACGUACGAUUCAGGCAAGCAUGGAAGGUUGCUGGUCGACCUGUCGAGGAUCUCCCUUUCCGGUCACCGUUGGGAGUUUAUGGGUCGUACUUUGCCCUGGUCCUCAUCGCGCUCAUCCUGGUGCUGACCUUCUAUGUUGCCCUCAUUCCGCCUGGAGGAAGUCCAAAUGCGCAAUACUUCUUCCAAAAUUGGCUUUCUGGUCCUAUCGCCCUGACAGCCUUCGGGUUGAGGAAAGCAUGGACAAGUGACUGGAGAUUUGGCGUCAAAAUCAAGGACAUGGACUUGGACACGGGAAGAAGGGACACCGGCUACACUUCGCGUCUGAGCCAGGAGGAGGAAAAGGGAAAGAGUCUUGGAAGACGUGUAAUCAACGCAAUCUUCUAA